UUCAGUCUUGUGAAGUCUUUCGAAGCUCUAGGAUCGUAGCGAAAAUGUUCCUCGUCUCGGGUUGGAUUAUUCUUGCGAUUGCGAUCAGUCGGAUCGAUUGCGGGCUGCUGGAUAUGUUCAAUGCCAAUUCGGACUACAAUCUGGCCCAGUCCAUGGAUGCGGUUUUUGGAGCGCUACAAAACGAUAUCAGCUACAUGCUGACGGGAGAUCUUACCACUACGGUUGAGGAGGAUGUCACUUUUUGGUGCAGCAAUGGGAGUUCAACCGUACUGAGGCAAGCGACCAUAAACGAUUCCUAUAUAAGUCAAAAGAUCGACCCCUCGAAGCAAGUGAGCUUUGUUAUCCAUGGAUGGAUGGACGAUAUGUCUUUAAAUUGGUUCCAGCAGCUCGUUCAGGACGUACUGAAGUUCUACGGAGGCAACGUUUGUGCGGUGAAUUGGGGCCACCUGGCGCGUUACAACUACUACCGGACUGCAGUGAAUCAUACGAUGAUAGCUUCUGGAUAUCUAACCAAAUUCGUUCAGUUUUUACAAACGACCGGAGUGCCGAUGGAGAAGAUCACAAUGAUCGGUCACAGCAUGGGAGCUCAAAUCAGCGGACAGGUUGGAUACAAUCUCGGUGGAAGGAUCGGCAAGAUUUACGGCUUGGAUCCGGCUGGACCAUGCUUCACCCUUCCUAGAGAUCGUGGACUGCAGUACCGAUUGGAUCGCAGUGAUGCCAGAUAUGUCCAAACGAUCAUCACUUCGCGGCUGACGAUCGGAGUAGGCGUUGGCGAAGGCCAUGAGAACUUUUACCCAAAUGGUGGCGCCUCUCCACAAACGAACUGUGUCAUUCCGCUGACCAGUGAUGCCGAAUUUGCGGGGCAAAUUUUGUGCAGCCAUAUGCAUUCGACAACACUGUUCCGUUUGUCGUUGAACCCGAGCCUUGUUUACCGUGGAAAGAAGUGUAUCAAUUGGCCUUCGUACCUUCUGGGGUUGUGUGGAUUGAAUAAGGCUAAUGUUCUUGGUAUUCAUAGCGAUAAAUCAGGUGGAGAUUACUUCCUUAGGACUGCAGUAUUUUCACCGUACACAGUGCGCUUAUAG